AAAUGAAAGCUAACACGUGGAAAUAGUGAAUUGUCGUAUUUUGCAUUUACUUCAGGGUGGUUUAGUGCCUUUUUUAAACCGUGCCUUGUCAACGGCGACUCCGUAUAUUUCUCGAAAAGUGACAGUUUCCUCUCAGCAGGCUCGUGAGCGGGUUUAUUUCACUAUGGCGGACAACGUAGACGAUGAUUCUCUGUACAGAAUUAAAGAGGGGGACUACGUUGUGUUGAAACGGGGAGAUAUCUUCAAAGCUGUGCAAAUUCAGUCAACGAAGAAGGUGAUUUUUGAGAAGCAGUGGUUCUUCCUGGAUAACGCCGUGGAUCAGCUGUACAGCAGCACGUUUGAGAUCCUUGCUGGAGGGAUCCUGCAGCCUCUGAAGCCCAAAGACACAGAGAGCUCCACCGAUUCAAAGGAGGCAGGCACAGACAACAGAAACAUUGUAGACGAUGGAAAAUCCCAGAAGCUGACGAGGGAUGACAUCGAGACGCUCAAAGAGCAAGGUCUGAAGGGUCAGGAAAUCAUUCAGCAGCUUAUAGAGAACAGCUCUACGUUCCGAGAUAAGACCGAAUACGCGCAGGAUAAGUACAUCAAGAAGAAAAAGAAGAAGUAUGAAAACACUGUGACGAUUCUAAAACCGUCCUGUCGCAUCCUGGCGAUGAUGUACCAUGGCCGGGAACCAGGGAAGAUCUGCCACCUGCGGUAUGACACACUCGCCCAGAUGUUGACUCUGGCGAACAUCCACGCUGGCAGUAAAGUUUUGGUGUUUGAGACCUGUGCCGGCCUCGUGUUGGGAUCCAUCAUGGAGAGAAUGGGGGGCUAUGGCUCGGUGAUCCAAAUGUACCCAGGAGGUGGGCCGGUUCGGGCGGGUGUGGAGAGCUUUGGCUUCCCUGCACAUUUUCACGAUAUGCUGCAUGAGUUUCCCAUCUGCCAUGUCAACGCUCUGCUGGCAGGCACUCUGGACACCACAGCCAAAGACCCCAGCGCUGAUUCAAAGCAGUCCAGCAUGUCUGCGGAGGAGGAGCAGAACCAGCCCGAGGCGGAGCGGCAGGGCAGUCCGGAGGAGCAGAGCAUGGAGACUAACAGCGGCGCUGAUGGUCGUCAGGACCCGGAGAAAGAAGAGAGGGAGAGACGCAAAGAAGCCAGAGCUGAGGAAAAAAAGGUGAAGCAGGAGGAGAAACGGAAGAAGCUGGCAGCUGCUGCUGCCCUGCUGGAAGGCAUGAAUGCCGACGGGUUGGUUAUAGCCAGUCGCUUUCACCCGUGUCCAGUCCUAAUGGGCCUGCUCAAAUUCCUCUCGCCCUCCAGGCCUUUUGUAGUCUACUCCCAGUACAAAGAGCCUCUCAUCGAGUGCUACACAAAACUCAAGGAGCAGGGCGGCACGGUGAACCUCAGACUCACAGACACCUGGCUCAGGCAUUACCAGGUGUUGCCUAACAGGACACAUCCUGUGCUGCUGAUGAGCGGGGGUGGGGGUUACCUCCUCUCAGGAACAACGGUUGCCACGGACCGCUCCAAACCCGCAGGCUCCCUGCGGGCCGAGGAACCAGCACCAAAGAGACUGAAACUGACAGACACUGAGGGAUAAACAAAUACAGAAGCAUCAAUUCUGUUAAGGGCACAUUACCGAUGGCCUCUAGGGGUUUUUCUUCAAGCGUUGACUUCUAUUUUCUUGAACUGAUUUGACACAUCUGGAAUAAGGGAGAUGGAGUGUCUGGUAUGCGUUCAUCAGGGCACUUUCGCCCAUCUUGUGUAUUUAGAUCAAUGCAGAUGAAGGCGUAAUGCUGAGGAGUAAACUAUGAGCUCUAUGUAUGUGUUAAGUAAGGAACUGCUGAAAUUAUCUUUGGUGUGAUAAGAGUAAAUUUGUGUCUUAUGCCCCGAGACCAGGUGUAAAAAAACCCAAUUUUUUUUCCAAUUAAUGCUCUCCAGCUUUUAGGUUCUAACUUUUUUAUUUUGUUGUCCUGCAGAAAGUGCCAUUUGUUAUAUGAUCCAGUUGCUGAUGCAGCCUCACUGUGGGCGCAUCUCGAUCUGCACAGAAUUAAAAAGCAGUACUAAACUA